AUGGAUCCUGGUGGAGCGCUUAAGCUCAGCCGCUUCUUCUACGUGGCGUAUGGUGGAGAAGGUGUGGAUUUUGUGGAUCAGUUAAACUAUCAGUUCUCCAGUGGCAUUUUGAUUAUGUUCAUAGUAAUGAUUGGAUUUCGACAAUAUGUGGGAAAACCACUGCACUGUUGGGUGCCACAGGAAUUUACCAGUUCUUGGGAAGAUUAUGCAGAAAAUCUGUGCUGGGUACAGAAUACGUAUUUUCUUCUCCCCAACGAGGCCAUACCGGAAGAGGAAUUUGAAAUGCUCAAGGUGAGACAUAUAUCCUACUACCAGUGGGUCGCUAUUGUGCUCGCUGGUCAAGCCAUGAUGUCCUGGAUUCCACACUUAUUCUGGCGCGUCUGGUCCAAACGCAUUCCCGUGUUGCUUCGAAACGCGCGUGAAGCGGCGGUCCCCGAUAAAGAAACACGGCACAAGGCAAUCAGUUGUCUGGUGGCCGCACUGGAAGAGUUAUCGGAAGCAUCAAAACGUUUCCGUCGCACGCGUGGGGUGUUCAAACGAUGCCUGCGCGGAGCACCACCAACCACUCACAUCACAUUGCUGUUCCUCAUGGUUCGAUUGGCAUUCAUUGCAAACAAUAUCGGUCAGAUCUAUAUUAUGCGUAGGUUCAUCGGUACAAACGAUACUCUGUUCGGACUUCACGUCUUUCAAGAACUAUUGACAGGCAGUCAGUGGGAAGUGUCCGGAUUGUUCCCCCGAGUGACCUAUUGUGAUGUGAAAGUUCGAAAACUCGGACAACUCAAACCGGCCUCAUACACAUUGCAAUGUGUUCUUCCAGUGAACUACUUUAUUGAGAAGGUCUACGUAUUCCUUUGGUUCUGGUUUCUCCUGAUCGCUGGCCUGACCAGUCUGAACACACUGCAAUGGAUGUUCAAC